CAGACCAAGCAGCAGACGCAUUCAUCCCCUCCAGCACAGCGACACGCAUUUUCCAGUGAGAUGAAGCUAUUCGUUUGCAUUGUUGUUGCGCUAUUGGCGCUCGGUGCACCCGCCCAGGCCUUCCUGGGCGCCAAGCUGGCUCUACUCAAGGCCAUUACCGGCGGUGGUGGCGGCGGCGGCGGCAGCUAUGGCGGUGGUUAUAAUGGCGGCGGCUAUGGCGGCGGCUAUGGCAGCGGCGGUUACUCGGGUGGAUAUAACCAGGGCUACUACACGCAGUCCAGCCGACCAGUGUACAACAACUACGGAGGCGGCAGCUAUGGCGGUGGUUAUAAUGGUGGUGGUUAUGGCGGUGGCUAUGGCGGUGGUUAUGGCGGUGGCUAUGGCGGUGGCUAUGGCGGCGGCAGUGAGCAGGUAAUCAAGGUCAUCAAAGUGGUGGAGCAGCCUCAAAGCUAUGCGCGGUCCAGUGGUGGUUAUGGUGGCGGCUAUGGCGGUGGUUAUGGCGGUGGUUAUGGUGGCGGCUAUAGCAGCAGCUAUGCCAACUCCGGCAGCUACUCAAGCGGCGUUUCGGCACCCGUCCAGGCAGUGCCAGCUGUGAGCUACUCUGCCCCAGCACCAGCACCCAUUACAUAUUCUGCCCCAGCACCAGCACCCAUUACAUACUCGGCACCAGCGCCAGUUAGGUAUUCGGUGCCUGCACCACAGCCCGUACCGGUAACAUACUCAGUGCCCGCGCCACAGCCGGUGGUGCGCGUGCAACCAGCGCCAAUUACGUACUCAGUGCCCGCGCCACAACCAGCUCCGGUGCCAAUUAGCUACUCUGUGCCAGCACCACAGCCAGCGCCCAUUCCCGUUUCAUACUCGGUGCCAGCACCACAGCCGGUGCGGCCUGUGCAGCAGUAUGUGAAGACCAUCAAGGUCAUUGUUGAUGCGGACAGCAGCGGUGUGAACCAUGUGCCCAGUCCCGUUUAUGGCCCACCCAGCUGGAGCAAUGGUGGUGGCAGCUACAACAACGCUGGCUGGAACAACGCUGGCUGGAACAAUGCUGGCGGCAGCAGCUACAGCAACAACGGUGGCGGCUGGAAGAGUGGUGGCAUCUGGGAGAAACUGGCCGCUGGCUGCUAAGCCAGUCCAAGCCAGCCAGUCCUUUACCGCCCCCUUGUGACCCCAGGCAACUCCAACUGUUUAUAUAAUUAUUAUUACUAUUACUUUUUUUUUUUUUUUGUAUAGUUCUAAACACAUUAUCGAAUACUUUUCGCGCUAAUUGAUAUUUUUUCCCUGUAUUCGCACCUAUGAUCUAAAAUCUAUUGCUGUGUAUAUACCCUGUUACCGAAAAUAAAAUGUCAUCUUAUUGUGUAA